GGGAAGACAGUGCGUGCGCGCUCUCGCCAGCCGAGGCGCGGCCCCGCGGCAGUACGUGCGCGCACACUCGCCCCCUCCCCCAGCCUUUCUGUCUCGGCCGUCGUGGUCGCUUUUUCAUCUUUCCGUCCCCCCACUUGCUGUGAGGUGCUUGGAGCGGACGAGACCCCGCGGACUCGCCAUGGCUGACGAGAAGCCCAAGGAAGGAGUGAAGACUGAAAAUAAUGACCACAUUAAUCUGAAAGUUGCAGGGCAAGAUGGAUCUGUGGUGCAGUUUAAGAUUAAAAGGCAUACACCACUUAGCAAACUAAUGAAAGCUUAUUGCGAACGACAGGGUUUGUCAAUGAGGCAAAUCAGAUUCCGGUUCGAUGGGCAGCCCAUCAAUGAAACAGAUACACCUGCACAGUUGGAAAUGGAGGAUGAAGAUACAAUUGAUGUGUUCCAGCAGCAGACAGGAGGAGUGUACUAAAAGAGAGAACCAAACUUCCCUUCCCACAGACAACACAUUCACAAUUAGAAAAGCAAGACUCGGUUCAGCCACCUCUUGACUACUGCAGUAUAGCUUUCUCUCUUCUUUUAUUUCUUUUCCUAUUCCUUCUAUUGUACAUAAAGUAACUGGUGUAUGUGCACAGACAUGCAUAUUUUUUUUAACUAAAUGGCCAAUGGUAUGUUUUGAUCAACAUCAUAUGGAGAUGGGGUGGUAAAAACAAACUGGUCUGUGAAAAUACCCCACGUCUCCAUUAGUGGCAUGCUCUUCUAACUUUUAUCUUUAUAUUCCAGUAAGUUAUUUUGCUCUCAUUGUUGGAAAAAAACAAAACCUUGCAUACCUUAUUUGAUUGGAUAAUUUCAAUGUUUUUCUUUUAUCGUUGUACAACCAAGGACGAUUUUAUAACUUUUUUGUACGUAGCUGUUACAUGUAGAGCAAUCUGUCUUUAAGUAGGGGUAAAUUACUCUAAACAAAAAAAUGAUCUUGGAUAGUUUUCCCUUCCGUCUUGUUGUUUAAAUAAACUUCUUGUUUAAAAUAAA